CUACGUAGAAUUACUGCGACUGCUCCUCUCAAACAGCAACGGCGUUGUUCGCGGACGUAAAUCCGUGUUACUGUUGCUCCCCUGUUGUUGUUGAGGCCAAUUGGCAGCCGGCUGUGUCUCGGCGGGAGGAUGGACAGUGAAAUCCAACGGGACGGGAGAGUCCUGGAUCUCACCGAUGAUGCCUGGAGGGAAGACAGGCUGCCGUACGAAGACGUCACCAUUCCUUUGAGCGAGUUGCCUGAGGCUGAGCAGGACAAUGGGGGAUCGACAGAGUCUGUGAAAGAGCAAGAGAUGAAGUGGACGGACCUCGCCCUGCAGAGUUUACAUGAGAACACACCGAGCACCGGAAGCUGAAAGACUAACACAGAAUCGAACUGUAGAAAUAAAAUGCACAGACGUGGUGCGCACUGUGUCAAUUUUGAUACACAAAUGUGCCGUUUCUUCUCGGCGCGUUGGCAUUUUACACUUGCUGGUGAACUAUCCAUCACUCUUAUUAUAAAACAUAAAAACAUUGUUUAUACUUUAUGAAACUGAUCAAUUUGAGCAAAUAUAGUCCUCCUGUUUAUGUGCAUUUAUUAAACCACAGCUCUUAUUUCUCCAGCGUUAUAUUGAGGAACUCUGGCUUUGAACAGAUCCAACCUCCUGAGUUUGUAACAAAAUCACCUUUACCCAUGCAGUAAUACCAUAACGAUCUUGCAGGUAGUCUGGCCACUAGAUGUCGCUGUACUAUAAAAGCAGCCAAAUUAAUGGGGAAAAAGGAUUGCUAUUAUGCUUAAAACACAUCAAUUAAACUUUCAGUUUUCUGCUA